CUCUUGUGGUCUGUGGGACUGUUGGGGACGGGUCGCUGUUGUAUGAGUGUGUCUUUGCAACAUUGGUGAACCUAAGGGAUCUCUAGGCUAGGACCCCGUGCUGCCCCCCAGGACCGUGUGCCACCGUGUUGAGAACAGGUGUUCCCGCAUCUGGUGUGUGACCAUGAGUGUAUCUUUGCACAGGGCGGAUCGGGAAUGCGUGCAUGCUACCUCCCUGUGUGACUGUGUGUGGUUGUGGGUGUGAGGGCAUCCUGGGGUCUGCACUUAGCUGGUUGUGUGACCUUGCGUGUGUCUUUGUUACAUGGUGUGCUCAUGAAGGAAUGCAGGGCCCCUGGGUCCCUCCCGUGUGCUUCUGGGUGGCUGUUUGGAGCACCGGGUGGGUGCCUGAGAGCUGAAAGCCUGGGCGAGGGUCCAACUGCCCUAUAUCUGAACAUUGGGGGCGGCUAGAGCUAGGUGUGUCUUGUGUGACUUUGGGAGUCUUUGUGACAGCGUGUACUGCCCUCUGGGUCACAAUGGUCGUGGAAGGCUGUGUCGAGGAAAGCUGCAUUUGUCUCUGGGUCUAUGGUGGGUACUUCUAUGUGCGUCUUUGUGACAGGUGAUUAUAGGUGACUGUGGAGUGACCCAGCCUCAGCGAGCCCUGUGUGUGUCUCGGACUGGGAAGGAGAUGGUCCCUGCCCCCUCCCCCAGCUCUAGGUCCAAGAUUCCUUGGACCUGCCAGUGACUAACUGGGAGAGAGACAGGGAGGAGCAAGGGAGGACAGGGCGAUUUCUUACCCCCCCCACCACCACCAGGUAACAAACUGUCAGGGCUUCUCCAAACAAAGUUCCCAGGCUGCAGCUGAGGGGGCGGGCCAGGGAGGGGCUGCCCACGCCCACUCCCCAGCCCCCUCCUGCCCAGGGUCUGGCUUCAGCCUCACCCAACGCUGAAGCCACCCGCCCAUCCUGUGCUUGUCCCCGUGUGUCCCUGCACCCGCCACCAGGUGAGACGGGCCCAGGCUUGGGGGAAUAAGGGACCCUGAGGACAAAUGGGUCUGUGGGCAAGAACCCAUCAGCGUCCUCAGGGUGGAGAGUGAAGGGUUUGGAAGGCUGGAAGGGCAUGGACAGAGGAAAGGUCAAGGGGAUCCCGGAGAAAGGAAGGGGCUGAGCCAGGGAGCCCCCGCCCAGCCCCCCGCUCCUCGGCCCACAGACCGGGGUCCGCUCCAGCCCCCUCUCCUUUGGCGCGACCCGCCCGGCGCCGCGAUGACCGUCACGUACACGGCCCGCGUGGCCAACGCGCGCUUCGGCGGCUUCUCGCAGCUGCUGCUGCUGUGGCGCGGGAGCAUCUACAAACUGCUGUGGCGCGAGCUGCUCUGCUUCCUCGGGCUCUACAUGGCGCUGAGCGCCACCUAUCGCUUCGUGCUGACCGACGAGCAGAAGCGCUACUUCGAGAAGAUCGUCAUUUACUGCGACCAGUACGCCAGUCUCAUCCCCGUCUCUUUCGUGCUCGGCUUCUACGUGACGCUGGUGGUGAACCGCUGGUGGGACCAGUACCUGUGCAUGCCGCUGCCCGACGCGCUCAUGUGCGUGGUGGCGGGCACGGUGCACGGGCGCGACGAGCGCGGCCGCCUCUACCGGCGCACGCUCAUGCGCUACGCGGGGCUCUCAGCCGUGCUGAUCCUGCGCUCGGUCAGCACCGCGGUCUUCAAGCGCUUCCCCACCAUAGACCACGUGGUGGAGGCGGGGUUUAUGACCCGCGAGGAGCGCAAGAAGUUCGAGAACCUGAACUCGUCCUACAACAAGUAUUGGGUGCCCUUCGUCUGGUUCUCCAACCUGGCGGCGCAGGCCCGGCGCGAGGGCCGAAUCCGCGACAACAGCGCCUUUAAACUGCUCCUGGAGGAGCUGACCGCGUUUCGGGGCAAGUGUGGGAUGCUCUUCCACUACGACUGGAUCAGCGUACCCCUCGUCUACACCCAGGUGGUGACUAUCGCGGUGUACAGCUACUUCCUGGCCUGCCUCAUCGGUCGCCAGUUCCUGGACCCGGCGCAGGGCUACAAAGGCCACAGCCUGGACCUGUGCGUGCCCAUCUUCACCCUGCUGCAGUUCUUCUUCUACGCUGGCUGGCUCAAGGUAGCCGAGCAGCUCAUCAACCCCUUCGGAGAGGAUGAUGACGACUUUGAGACCAACUUUCUGAUCGACCGCAACUUCCAGGUGUCCAUGCUGGCCGUGGACGAGAUGUACGACGACCUGGCCAUGCUAGAGAAAGACCUGUACUGGGACGCGACCGAGGCUCGCGCCCCCUACACGGCGGCCACCGCCUUCCUGAUGCAGCAGCCCUCCUUCCAGGGCUCCACCUUCGACAUCACGCUGGCCAAGGAGGACAUGCAGUUCCAGCGGCUGGACGGCGUGGACGGGCCGCUGAGCGAGGCUCACGGCGACUUCCUGCAGCGCCUCCUGCCGGUGGGCGCGGGCGUGGCCGCGGGCGUGGUCCCAGGGGGCCUGCUGGGCCGGCGCCUGUCCCUGCUGCGCCGCAAGAACAGCUGCGUGUCCGAGGCGUCCACCGCCCCCAGCUGCGCGUGCGCCGGCGCCCCCGACGGCGCGGCCCCGGAGUGCGGCUGCGGGGACCCGCUGCUCGACACCGGCCUGCGGGAGCCCGAGCCCGAGCCCCCCGCCGGCCCCGAGCUGCCCGCCGAGCCCUUCACCACUGUGCCCAUGCCCGCGCCCCGGGGGCCGGCUCCGCCCUGGCUGCCCAGCCCCAUUGGCGAGGAGGAAGAGAGUCUGGCCUGAGACCCUGGAGCCCAGGAUCCGCAGGGACAGGGACCCAAGCCUCCACACCGCACGCAGGCAGCGGUCCGGGUCUGCGUAAGCCGCGCGCGGACUCCGUCCGCCCGCUUUUGACCAGUUCCCGCUCCCUGCGCGCCCGCCUUCGUGGCCCACACAGGAGCUUGGAGCGCCCCCUGUGGGCCAGGCACUGAGCUGAGGGCGGGGGAUGCCUCCAGCUUCUUCGAAGAGCGGGUCCUCACCACCAGCUCUCCUCAUCCGCCGCCACCUGAGAGGCCUCUAUCAGUGUGCUCUGCCUUCAUGCCUUCCUCCACGUGGAGAUGUGAGCGCCAACCUCAUUGAGUUGUGAGGAUGAAAUGAAAUGACGGCUUUAAAGUGUUUGGUACAUAAUAGGUGCUCAAUAAAAUGUUAGUGGUUUCUACUCAAA